CUUGACUUACUCGGUGCAAUGGAAAAUUCGUCUUCCAGGUUCUUUAAAGGUUUCUCACUUGAGGAUUACAAGCUGCAAGUUCUUUUUAACACACUAGAGAAGGAGAAAAAGCAAUAUUUGAAUCAGCUGAAGGAGCAAACACAUGUAUUCAAAAUGUCACUCCGUCCGACAGUGAAGUCAGGCGAAGAAUAUUGGAGCCAGUAUGGAGAGAACUAUCACGCCAAUGGUGACAAAAGAGAAAAAGAUUCUGUAACUCAUCCGAGUACAGAACUCAAGGAAGAACUGAACAAGAACAACACCGUGACUGUCAAUGAGGGAACCAACCCCAUAAUUACCAGCUCAGCAGCAGCUGAGCACGAUGGAUUGAAUCCAUGUGAUAAAAGACCAAGAUACCUGCAAAGGGACGAGGGUAAACAAAAUGCUGACAGAAAAGCUCAGGCAAAGAAAAAGUCAGAGUCAACAGGCUUAACACUACUAGAAAUACUAUGUUCCGACGUUGAAAACGGCGUCCUACUAACGACGACUAGAAGUCAUAGCAACUCGGGUCUUGAAGCUGGCGAAAAAUGCUUGAAGGACGGUGUUAGUCGAAUUCGAUCACAAUCAAAUCAAGAAAAAAGACUCAAAGCCGUAGGCCAACCGGACGUCAGAGGUCGAUCCACUUUUUCUAGUUCUGCGACAGUACAUGACUUUGAGAACUCUCUGAAAUCACCAUCAGUAAAUACGUCGACGGACCUAAGCUCUAGUUUAACUGACACCUCAAAGCUAGAGGGAUCUGCACAAGAUCUAAAUUUGACUUCUGUGCAUUCCAAAAACGAUUUCUGGCUGGGUGAAAUCACAACAAGUUCACAGUCAACAGAAAACAAUAUCAAAGAGGACACGGCAUACGAUUCAGAACCCUCUGGGAACUCUAGCGCCUCAAAGAACGAACGGAGCCAGGACACUGAUGGGUCGAGAAGUUGCAGAUUCGUGCAUUUUAAUGAUGGGCGGAAGCUUAAAAAGCAAAAAAGCAAAAAGGAGAACUUGGGUGCAAAACAAGCCAAAGGGAAAUUGAACAGGACUAGAAGCCUAGACGUUAAACUUUUCCAAGUUGAUGUUCCACAAGAUUCGAAAGGAAGAAAAUCGCAGGAAGAAAUAGCCAAGGACACCAGGGAGAGAAUGGAUCAAUUCUUUGCCAAAGUAGAUCGCACGAAGAAUUUUCAAACAAAUAGGCUAAGAUGGCGUUGUACCAGUGGCAACCGCGAACGUAGCACUUGGAAAAGCGAAAAGAAGACAUGUUCGGAACAGGGAAAAUUUCUUCCUCAAGAAGCAAAGAAUGUAAAAGGCUACCGUCGAGCUCAUCCGUGGCCAACUCAAGUUUGGAGCUAA